AUGGGUAUGUGCGCAAAGUGCACCAGAGACGUUUACAGUGCUGAUCAGGCCUGCCAAGCCAUGGGACAAGUGUACCAUGAUAGCUGCUUCACCUGCUAUGCCUGCGGCCAGAAACUGAAAGGAAAGCCGUUUUAUGACUUUUCAGGACAGGUGUUCUGUGAGGAGGAUUAUUUGUAUUCCAGCGUCAAGCACUUUGCAGAGGUCUGCACAUCCUGCGGAUAUUUAAUCACAGAUAUGGUGCUCCAGGCUUUGGGAAAGUCCUUCCAUCCCGACUGUUUCCGCUGUGUCAUCUGUAAUGAGACACUGGAGGGACAGCCAUUCAGUGGAGACACACAAAACAAGAUAUAUUGUGUGAAAGAUUACCACAGGUUUCUGGCACAGACCUGUGCUAUAUGUGAACAGCUCAUCCUGCCCAAUAAGGGUUCAAAUGAGAUUGUUCGAGUGAUGUCCAUGGGAAAAAGCUACCACAUGGCCUGUUUCGAAGGAAAAAGCGACAUUUAA